AAUCCACUUCUAGUCCCUUUCCUCGACCUGUCCUAAGCAUUUGUCUCCUGGACUUCACGUUUUGCGCCCGUCUUGUUUCAACUGGCUCACAAUAUGACACCUUAUCUUGGAUCUGACGGCAAUGGAAGCAAUGAAGCAUCUCACCUCUACAGUCUGCUCAAUGGCACGAAAGCAGCCCUCGAGCGAUUGCUAGCAAGUGCAAAAGAUAACCUUCCUAAAGAAGCACUGCCUCACAUCUCAAGGAUCCAUUUCUCAACAGCAAACACAGGAAGCCCGUACUUUCCCAGUCCACUCAAGCAGACUGAAGCUAUCACAGCACUUAAAGCUGUGGAGGCAGGCGUAGCUUCUGCGAUAGCCGAUCUCAAAGAUGGUCCCACAACACGAAGCAUCGACGUGGAUUUAGAGAGGGCCACAGCAUUCCUCUUCUCGACCUACCUGGCGACUGUUGGCGGCAUGGACAAAGCGCACCCGAAGGUGAAGAAGCUCUUGAAAGACACGGAUCUACUACAGGCGCAGUCAAUUCAAUACCGCAGACUAUCAGCCAACCUGUACGAGACAAAGAAUCCUGGCGAGUAUUUCCAUCUCCAUGGCUCUCUGGAAGCUACCAAGGCACUGAACAUGAUUGGCCUGGAAGGACAUCGUCCUGACCUUACCGACUAUCAUGAGUGCAUUAAGAUCAUUGAAGAUCAUGUCAAGCAGUUUACGCUUGACGAGCUUGAGGAGAUGAAUGCACAGAUCAAGCAAGCAGGUGUUACUUGCCUGAAGUGGGACGACUUCAAAGCAACAGAGCACGGACAGGUCCUUCUUCAGCAACCACCAUGGAAGGUUGAGGCGCUGGAGAGUGAGACCCCUCCCACCCCGUUCCCUUUCGAGUCUUCGGCUGCACCGAAGCCCCAAAUCCUCGCCGGAAUCCGGGUGCUCGAGCUUUGCAGGAUCAUCGCAGGACCAGCCAUGGGCCGUGGGCUGGCUGAGUACGGAGCUGAAGUCAUCAAAGUUACAGCGCCUCAUCUGUCAGAUGUUCCCUUCUUUCAGGUCGACGCCAACAUUGGUAAACAUACCACAGACAUGAACCUCAAGGAAAAGAAGGACCGCGAGGUCUUUGAGCAACUACUCCAAUCCGCCGACGUUGUUCUCGAUGGAUACCGGCCUGGAAGCCUCAAUCGUAUGGGCUAUGGGCCGGAGCAAUUACAGCAACUCGCCAAGAAGCGGGGACGCGGAUUUGUGUACGUCGCCGAGAACUGCUUUGGGCACGUUGGACCCUGGGCACACAGGCCUGGCUGGCAACAGAUUGCAGAUUGCGUGUCUGGUGUUGCCUGGGCUCAAGGCCACGCUAUGGGUCUACAGGAGCCUGUUGUGCCACCUUUCCCCAUGAGCGACUACGGAACAGGAUGCAUGGGCACAAUUGCAGCACUUGUUGGACUCUACAGACGCGCGAAGUCUGGCGGCAGCUACAUCGGCACUACCUCGCUCGUGCAAUAUGACAUAUAUCUGCUCCAGCUUGGGCUGUACGAUGAUGAGAUGAUGGCGGAGCUGCGGAAGGAGCACGAUGCUGAGUUCUUUGGACUGCGACACAACGACUCAGUUGACGAGGUUGGAAAGCGGGCUCUGAAGACGAUGAGAAGGACACACCCCGAACUAUUCGAGCCACGGCACAUGCAAGCAUGCUUCAGCAAAGGAUUCGACGCGGAGGUGAAGACUAUCAAGCCCGUUGUGGACAUCGAGGGGUAUUGGAACGGCUUCUUGCGCAGCUCACGACCAAACGGCUACGACAAGCCUACAUGGGACGACUGGGAGGUUGACGAGGAUAUGCUGAAGCCAUGAGCAUCAUCGCUCUCGCUACCCUAGCAUACUUUGCAUAUUGUAUAUAUUACGACAACAUGAACCCAUAGCGUUCCCUUGAUCAUGAUCAUUCGCUUUGCGUGCAUUUGUCUAGCAUCAACAACCCUCGGCCCGUUGGGAUGUGGUCUCGUUGAUACGAGGCAAACG